AUGGAAGGGUGGUGGUCCACUACAGGGGGAUUCCUCCUCUGCCUCAGUGUCAGCCUUCUGCUUCAAGGAAGGGCAAACACUUUCACCAUCAAUUGCUCAGGCUUUGACCAGCAGGGGGUAGACCCCACUGUCUUCCAGUCUGUAUUUAACAAGAAGGACUUCCGUCCAGUCACCAAUUUUAGCAUCCCUACUCGUAUCAACAUCUCUUUCACCUUGUCUGCCAUCCUGGAAGUGGAUGCACAACUUCAGCUGCUGACAUCAUUUCUGUGGUUAAAGUUGAGCUGGAAUCACCCGUUUAUCAGCUGGGACCCACAAGAAUGUGGUAAUAUCAAAAAACUCACCAUCACAGCUGAGAACCUGUGGCUCCCAGACAUCUUCAUCGUAGAAUCCAUGGAUGUGGAUCAGACCCCGGACGGCCUCUCUGCAUAUGUGUCUAAUGACGGUCGCGUUGUGUAUAACAAACCGAUGAGGGUGACCAGCAUCUGUAACCUGGACAUCUUCUACUUCCCAUUUGACCAGCAGAACUGCACCCUCACCUUUAGCUCUUUCCUCUAUACAGAGGAAAGCAUGUUGCUGGGCAUGGACAAGGAAGUGUGGGAGAUAAUGGAUAACUCACGUGACCUUGGCCGCACACAAGGAGAGUGGGAGCUCCUGGGCAUCAACAAGGCCACCCCGAAGAUGUCUGUGGGCACCAGUCUUUUUGACCAGAUCAUGUUCUAUGUGGCCAUCAGGCGCAGGCCCACCCUCUACGUCAUAAACCUCCUGGUGCCCAGUAGCUUUCUAGUCGCCAUUGAUGCCCUCAGCUUCUACCUGCCGGCAGAAAGCGAGAACCGUGCCCCAUUCAAGAUGACACUCCUGUUGGGCUACAAUGUAUUCCUGCUCAAUAUCAGUGACUUACUUCCUGCCACUGGCACCUCCCUCAUUAGUGUCUACUUUGCCCUGUGUCUGUCCCUGAUGGUGCUCAGCCUGCUGGAGACCAUCUUUAUCACCUACCUGCUGCACCUGGCCACCACCCAGCCCCCACCCAUGCCUUGCUGGCUCCACUCCCUGCUUCUACGCCACGCCAGUCCAAGGACAUGUUACCCUGCUGUGCCCCACAAAGAAAACACAAGCCUGGGCCUUAUAUCCACCCACCUGUCUGGACUGAAGGAACCAGGAAAACUGGGAGGGAAGGAGUUGGGACCCAAAGAGGCAGAACUGAAUGGGGGCUCAGGAUUGACAAGAGCCCAGCUCGCUGACCUGUGGGUGCAAUUCGGCCACAUGAUGGACAACCUGCUCUUCCGCAUCUACCUGCUCUUCUUGGCCACCUCUGUCACCACGGUCCUUGUCCUCUGGAACACCUAGGAGUAGAGUUCUUGUGGUGCAAGAACACCCAGUGUUCAGGUUUCCUUGGCUUCCACUAACCAUCCCAGACCCUGUUCCUCUGCUCCAGUUCACAUACAACAGUCCCCAAAACAUGCCCAUGAUCCCUGCUCCAACCUUCCCUGGGCUUAAACAGAACCACUGUUGAUGCUCUCAGAAAUGACAUUAUAUUUCCAAAACACAAUUCAGAAUAUACAUGUUUAUGCUAGAAAUAUAAUUUUUAUUGGAAAAGAAAGGCUUUAUAGUAAAGACUACAAAUAUUUACCAAAAAAUAAUUCAUGUUGCUGGAGUAGAG